GUUGGUUUGUGUUGACUUGGUUAUUUUUCUCUUGGUGAAUUUAGUUUAUUAGUAUUAUUUGUUGUAUUGUGCGAUUAUAAACACAAAGCAACGAUUUCAAUAUCAGAUCUGUUGGUGACAUUGAAAGGUCAACUGGACAUGAGCUCCAACGGGCUGCUGUUAGAUCCAUAUGUAAUAGUAGAGCUAAUUUUAAUUAGAUUGACUUUUGAGGCACGUGAGAUAUUUACUGAGCACAGAGUAGAAUCUCGUCUGGGAAACGUCGUCAGCUGAAGACCUGCAUCUGGAAACCAACAUGUCGCUCAGGGAUAAACGACGUUUCCAAUGUGGAAUGUGCUUAAAGGAUUUCACAACCAAGGGUAACAUUAAAAGACAUAUGCAGAUCCACACUGGAGAAAAACCUUUCGAAUGUGAAGUGUGCAAAAAAUGUUUUAAGCAGAAUUCGUACUUGAAAGUACAUACACUGAUUCAUACUGGUGAGAAGCCAUUCAAAUGUGAAUUGUGCACGAAACGCUUCACGCGUUGUUACCACUUAAAACACCAUAUGAUGAUUCAUAAAGGCAACAAACCUUUCAAAUGUGAAGUGUGCACGAAAUGUUUUACAAAUGGUUCCAAAUUCAGAGAACAUCAGCAGAUUCAUACUGGUCAGAAACCUUUCAAAUGUGACGUGUGUACAAAACGUUUUCUACGUAGUUCCAACUUGAACCAACAUAUGUUGAUUCAUACAGGUACGACACCUUUCAAGUGUGAAAUGUGCCCAAAAUCUUUUGCACAGAGUAUCCACUUAAAGCAGCAUAUAUUGAUUCAUACUGGUGAGAAACCUGUCAAAUGUGAAGUGUGCCCAAAAUGUUUCAGAUGUAGUUCACUCUUGAAAAAACAUAUGUUGAUUCAUACUGGUGGGAAAACUUUCAAAUGUGAAGUUUGCACGAAAUCUUUUGCUUAUGAAUCCAGCUUAAAACAACAUAUGUUGAUUCAUACUGGUCAGACACCUUUCAAAUGUGAAGUGUGCCCAAAAUAUUUUGCAUAUAGUUCAAACUUAAAGCAGCAUAUGUUGAUUCAUACUGGUGAGAAACCUUUCAAAUGUGAAGUGUGCACAAAAUGUUUUGCAAAAGCUUACGACUUAAACGAACAUAUGCAGAUUCAUACUGGUGAGAAACCUUUCAAAUGUGAAGUGUGCAAAAAAUGUUUUAAGCGUUGUUCCUACUUAAACCGACAUAUGUUGAUUCAUACAGGCAAGACACCUUUCAAAUGUGAACUGUGCCCAAAAUCUUUUGCACAUACUUUCAACUUAAAGCAGCAUAUGUUGAUUCAUACUGGUGAGAAACCUUUCAAAUGUGAAGUGUGCACAAAAUGUUUUAGAUGUAGUUCCCUCUUGAAAAAACAUAUGUUGAUUCAUACUGGCGGGAAAACUUUCAAAUGUGAAGUAUGCACGAAAUGUUUUGCUUAUAAAUCCAGCUUAAAACAACAUAUGUUGAUUCAUACUGGUGAAACACCUUUUAAAUGUGAAGUGUGCCCAACAUAUUUUGCAUAUAGUUCCAACUUAAAGCAACAUAUGUUGAUUCAUACUGGUGAGAAACCUUUCAAAUGUGAAGUCUGCACAAAAUGUUUUACAAAACGAUCCCACUUAAACCAACAUACGCCUAUUCAUACUGGGAAGAAACCUCUCAAAUGUGAAGUGUGCACAAAAUGUUUUGCUCGGAGUUCCGGCUUAAGACAACAUAUGUUGAUUCAUACUAGGGGGACUGAACUGAAGAUAUAGAUUGGGUGACAUGAUUCUAGACAAUAAAGGUGUGUAUUCAUCUCUGAUAAGGAUUUUGUCACUGAAUAAAAAGAAGUAGAGAAGUAA